AUGACUUUUAAUCUAAUACUUAUUGAACUUGUCAUCUCACCAACAUUUCACAACUGCAUGUUUCAGGUAUAUGCUCUAUCAAGAGAUCAGGGAGUUCCAUUUUCAUCCAUCCGGAGAAGAGUGCAUCCGAAACACAAGGUUCCAGCGAAUGCAGUGUGGCUGUGUGCAACCAUCUGCAUUCUUCUUGGACUACCUAUAUUGAAAGUUAAUGUGGUCACUACAAAAACUUCCAUAUGCACAAUAGGAUGGGUUGGUGGAUAUGCUGUUCCAAUUUUUGCAAGGAUGGUCAUGACUGAGAAGAACUUCAAGGCAGGGCCAUUUUAUAUGGGCAAAGCAAGAAGGCCAAUUUGCUUGAUAGCCUUCUUGUGGAUCUGUUAUACCUGUUCAGUCUUCUUAUUGCCAACUUUCUAUCCCAUCACCUSGAACACAUUCAACUAUGCACCUGUGGCAUUGGGUGUAAGUUUGGGUUUAAUAAUGCUUUGGUGGUUUCUGGAUGCAAGGAAAAGGUUCAAGGGUCCUGUUAGAAACGUUGAUAUUCAUAAUGGGAAGUGA